AUGGCUCCCAGGAAUAGACGUACUCAUUCGCUGUUCAACAACAUUGUGAAUCGUAUCGCCGGUACUCGAUCACCAUCGGAUCACGGAGAGUCACGCCCCUUCUCUCCCACCAAUUCACUGAGUGCAGUUGAAGCCAGUCCAAUGCUUACAUCUGCACCUCGUCCCGUGCCAGCUCCAGUGCCGCAACAUCAAUCGGCCAACGGAGGUACCAGAAGACUUCCUGCUCUACCGAUUUACGCCAACCAUGUUAGGGAUGAGACAAUGGCUCCAAGGAUAGAAGAACGACCACCCGGACUGGAUGGCAACAAUCGGUUACUUAUGGCUAAUAGGAGCAAUCCGAUUGAUCCUGACGAUGAAGAGCAAUGGGUAGGCCACCGGCACCGACAUGGUGAACGCCGAACAUUGCCUCCUCUACGCCAACCUCUUACCAUGGCUCGUAGUCAAGCGUUGGCACUAGCGGGCAUGCCAUCAGAAGCCUAUGAAGGAACGUACCGGCCUGUUCCUGAAGGCAAAUCGCUCAAUUUACCAUUCGCAUCAAGGUCGAUACUAGCCAAUGAAGACACACGGCCAGCUGAUCGACUUGUUGGCCAGGCACUUGGACUUGGACGGUGA